AUGUCCAACACUCCCGUCAGCAAUAAAGCAGCAGCUUCGGUGUCUAAGUCUCAGUCGCUCGCUGCGCAGAGCCAGAUCAGUCCUGCGCUUUCAUCGACGCAGCAGUUCUUCUCCGAUUCCCCAGCAGGCAAACGGCUCGGCGGCGCGUCAGGACAGCGCUCUUCUCCAGCACCGCGUAGCAAUCAAAUUAGCAAGCCGAAGCAUAAACAGGGGAAGAAGUUCAAGGCGUUGGAUGAGGAUGCCGAUGCGGAGCUAUACAGCAUGCAGAACCCACACGGACGGCGCGGCCAGCAGAGCAUCACGCAUCUUAUGCAAUUUGCUUUGCCACCGCGGCCGAAUGCUCAGGAUCGCUUUCACAGACACAGCUACAAUGGGCCCAGGAGACAGCAGAGGCAUAAUGCGUCAUGGGGCAUGGGGAGUGGCUAUCAUGCUGUAGACAAGGCCAGAUACAUACAUGCCAACUAUCGCUUCAUUGUCGAUCCGAGAGGCGACUACUCUGCUCAGGCUGCCGACGCCGAUGUGCAUCUGGACUGGAACAACGUCCUUCAAAUUAUCGCCUCAGGAAAGACGCAGAAUGCAUCUUGCCCGAUCUGCCUAGGCGAGCCGACCGCGCCUCGCAUGGCCAAAUGUGGUCACAUCUUCUGCUCUUCCUGCUUGAUCAGAUACAUGCAUUCCGAGGACGCGACGAACCCACCACCGGAGAAGAGGGCGCGAUGGAAGAAGUGUCCAAUCUGCUGGGACAGCAUCUAUGUAUCAGAGACCAGACCUGUCCGGUGGUACGACGGCCAGGAGAAUGAUCAGCCACGUGAAGGUGGCGACUUUGUGUUACGAUUGGUCAAGAGGAAGCCUGGCAGCACACUCGCCAUGCCUCGUGAGAGCGGAGAGGUGGUCGCGAAAGGAGAGGCAAUACCUUGGUACUUCGCAGCCGAAGUGAUGGAUUACGCGAGAGUAAUGAAGGGCAGUGAAAAUUACAUGAUACAGCAAUACGACGAGGCUAUCGCUGCCAUCGAAAAAAUGGAAAAGGAAGAUGAGCUGAUGUUCGGGGAAGACGCGGAGUGGACUGGCAGAGCUAUACGGAUGCUUAAAGAAUCCAAGGACAAAGUCGCCGGUAUUGGCAAUCCGCCUGCGCAGCCGCAGAAACCAGAUCCGCCAACAGAGCCUAUACCAGACAGGCCGCCGAUAGAGUUUAAUGCCAACGACGAGGGCGUUCCGGAAAUGUACCUGCAAAGGCAGAGCGCAGCAGGUCCUUCUGGUCUAUCUGCGGAAACGACAGAGCCCGGCGAUGUACAACCUUCAAGCAGCCCUAAUGUGCCGCGAACAUUGCACGAGAUGCGACGACGACAAUUCGAGAAACCUCAGCCCAACGAAUAUCUGUUCUACCAUGGACUUUUACACUACUAUCUUUCGCCGCUGGACAUAAGGAUACUGAAGACCGCAUUUGGCACGUACAAUGCUUUCCCGUCCAGCAUCCUUCCGCGUGUAGAACGCGUGUCCAGUGGACAUGUCGUCGAUGAUGAUUUGAGAAAGCGCGUCAAGUACCUCGGACACCUCCCAUACGGUUGUGAGGUCGGCUUCCUGGAGUGCGACUGGCGAGAUGUAGUCAGUGCGCAGGUUCUCGAGGAAUUCAGGCCAAUGCUUGAGCGAAGACGAAAGCGCAACGACGAAAAGGAAGCACGGGAGGAGAAAGAUCGAAUCCGGAUCGAGAAAGCUUCGGAGAGGGAGCUGGCACAUCUACGCCAGCGAAGAAGACCUUCCAUCACCGAGAACGACGCAUUCUUCUCUCCUGCGCUGCCAGCAAGCAUAGCGGAAGGAGUUGCCAUUCCAGGAUCACCACCCUUCCCGAAUAAUGCUGGUCGUCCUGGCUUCACAUCGCUGGCGUCCCCAUCAACAUCGCCCAAUGUGAAUCGAACAGUGUGGGGCACAAGUGCUGUUGCCUCUUCUGAUGCAGAUCUUCAGGGUCUCCCUACUGACGACCAAUUCAGACAGCAGGAAGAUGGCUGGUUGCAAGGCUGGGAGAAGGAUCUUCUCGACGGCCCAGAACAGCAGGCGCUUGCCGAGUCCAUGGAUGGCCUCAAUGUUAACGUCAAGCCUACCUCUGGUGGUAAGAAAGGCAGGAAGAAGCAGAAGAUCACCUUAAUGAGCACGGCAAAUGCGAGGCGAGGCUUUUGAUAGACGGUUGCUGGUGAUGCACGUCAUUGUCUAUACAUCUGAUUCCUUCUUAGUACCGCACGCGCGGACAGACAUAUGUUUAUGCAGCAUGAUAUAUGAAUGUUUAGAAGACGUACAGCCCACAAGAGGCGCCAAUAC